AUGGAUGAAGAUGAAAGACCGUUGCGGAAACAUCUCAUGCAGAGAGUGAAACAUGCAGUUAAGGAUCUUGCAAAAGUGGCAUCGAUUGAGAGAUUGAGGAACAGAAUUAUUGUGCCCCAUACGACAAAUAGUAACUCUUCAGAUGAAGAGUAUAUGGACGUACGUGUCAAUGAAGGAAAUGAAAAUAUUAAUAUUCCUCAAGCUUUGGGAAACAUUGAAAAUGAAAGGGAGCAAGAAGCAGAUAAUGAACAAGAUGCGGCAGAAGUAUUUGAUUUAUCAGAUGAUGAAGGUAUAUUCCAAGAUGAAGUUGACCAGGAAGAUGAUGCUUCAGAAAGUAGUGAUGAUGAAGAUAUAAAUGAAAAUCAUUUUGAAACUGAGGAACAGAAGGCUAACUAUUGCAGAAAAUUUGAGAGAGUGGGCUAUUUAUGA